CCGAAAUUUACGCCCGUGAUUCAUCCCCGUACAAAACAUUGGUGCCGUGACCAGGAUCACGAGUGUUGGAAAUUGUGCGCUUCAUUGUACGACGCUUGGACCUAACCCUAUCACUCAUCGGGAAGUCUUCCCAAGGAUUGCAGUACCGUAUACAAAUUACAAGGCCUGUUUUUGGACAGGUACAUGUGAGUAUCUGUCCAUUCUUUCCCAUCCCCAUUGUACGGUGCUUCCUGGGUCGUUUUUUGGAUCGAUUUCAGACCUUUUCUGACAUUUCUGCUGCUGUGUGGCACGAGGUUUCUACAACUGGAUUGGAUACCCACCCGCUUCGUGUACCGUUCCUGAUUGUAAAGUCAUUACAAUUCUCGGAUGAUAAUACCACCUACCUGUGCGGAAGUACGUUUGUUACCCUAAGAAGAAGGAUUAUCGCCGAAUCGUAACCAGCAAUAGCGUGCAGCCCGCACCUUGUAUUGCUAGUGCUCCAAGCGCCCCAAACGCCCCCUGCCAUUCAUCCACGGAAGUAAUUCGAUUUGUAUCGGAGGUUCCAGUUUAAUUAUAAAACAAGGCCUGUCUUUGGACGGGCACAGCCAUACAUCGGAAGUGAUCAAACCCACAUCAUGUCGGAGGCGAAAAUGAAGCAGAAGGAGCUGAAGCGACGAAACAUCAUGGAUUCGAUAAACCGCAUCGACGAGUUCCUGAACAAUUUCAACUCCGAACGAGACUCUAAGGAGGUAGCGAUACGAUUGAGCAGACUGGAUAUGCUGAUAGAAACUUUUGAGGCAAUACAAGGUGAAUAUGAAGCAUUCGAUGAUUCCGACAAAUUUGUGGGUGCAAAUAUGAGCAUUAGAGCAAAGGUGGAAGAACAAUACUAUCGGGUUAAAGGUGGUUUAAUGUGCUUGGUCCCUCCCUCCACGCCAGUACCAGUUCAACCAGCACCGGCAGUUCCCGCAAUUUCCCAUUUGAGUGGCGUAAAGCUUCCGAUGAUUUCUCUACCGCAGUUUGAUGGAGAUUUAAACGAGUGGUUGACGUUUCACGAUUCGUUCAAUUCGUUAAUACACUCAUCGGCAGAAAUCCCAAGCAUACAAAAGUUCCAAUACCUUCGGUCAGUUUUGAAAGGUGAUGCACUCAAGCUGAUUGAAUCCCUGACUAUCACUGCAAACAAUUACGGUGUUGUUUGGGAGUCUCUGUUGAAUCGGUAUUCCAACAAAUACCUGCUGAAAAAGAAGCACUUGCAGGCCAUUACAUUCCAACCCAAGGUUCUGGGCAAAUCCGCUUCAACACUUCGCGCCGUGGUAGAAGAAUUCCAACGGCACGUCAAAAUUUUGGGUCAACUGGGCGAACCCACAGUAGAAUGGAGCAGCUUGUUGGUUCAAUUACUUUGCUCAAGAGUCGACGAGCAAACCCUCAAGGAUUGGGAGGAGUUCGUAUCCGCUGAUGGAGAUCCUACGUACACCAAUCUUGUCGAAUUCCUCACGAAGAAAAUACGCACACUGGAGUCCCUGUCAAUCACUGCAGAACAAUUUGCACCAUCCUUCCAAGGCAAACACAAUCCCCCCUCAAAGCAAUCAAAGUCGUCCCAUGGUCCUCUUUCUUCUCGGGUUGGUAGCUACGCUGCAACAGAAAAUUACCUACCUAUGUGUCACGCAUGCAAUCAACAUCAUCUCCUGGUGAAGUGUCCUGUAUUCGAGAAAAUGUCGCUGAAGGAUAGGCUGAACGUGGUCAACACCAAGAAAAUUUGCAGCAAUUGCUUCCGCGGAGAUCACUUCGUCCGCAAAUGUUCCUCCAAUUUUUCCUGUCGUACUUGUCAAAAGCGACACCACACUUUGCUGCAUCCUGGAUUCGAAACAUCGGCAACUGGCAACGGAAACAUUAAUCACGGUCAAGGUCAAAGUUCCCAAUCCCAUCCAGUCUCCAACGUUGCUAGAUGUGAAGUCGAAAUGGUACAAACUACUACUGAAGACACGGUUUCCUCUAACUCUGUAUCCGACCCGCGAAGUGUGAAUGUAUUCCUAUCAACUGUCGUACUCGUCGUUGUGGAUGGAUAUGGGAGAGAGCAUCUUGCACGAGCACUAUUGGAUUCGGGCUCACAAUGUUGUUUGAUGAGUGAACGACUCUGCCAACAAUUGCGAUUGGUUCGGCGACGAAUAAACCAACCCAUCUUCGGCGUCGGUGAAUCUCAAAUUCGGGCUGUUGGUUCGGUCUCCACAGAAAUUCGAUCUAGAAUCGACGAAUUUUCGGUCUCUCUAGAUUGUUUGGUUCUUCACAACAUCACCACAAGUCUGCCUGCGGUAUCAAUUCCAAAGAACAAUUGGACCAUUCCCGAGGGCAUUAACCUUGCAGACCCUGAAUUCAACGUUUCACGGAAAAUAGAUAUGAUAAUUGGUGCUGAACAUUUCUAUACGUUCCUGAAGGGUGGCCGGAUCACUUUGGGGAAAUCAUCACCCACGCUUGUGGAGAGCGUGUUUGGUUGGCUAGUAUCGGGAAAGUCAUCCUAUGAAACGAUACCCCACCCCCCGCUAUGCCAUAUUUCUACCUUGGAGUCACUCGAUCGGAACAUCGAGAAAUUUUGGCGAAUAGAGGAAGUAGAUACCAGAAUUCUGUCACCAACCGAGCAGUGCUGUGAGGAUUUCUACAAACGCUCAGUAUCCCGGGAAUCGACUGGGCGAUAUGUGGUCAAAUAUCCCAAAAAGGAAGGCUUUUCCCGUAUGAUUGGUGACUCCUACUGCAAUGCCUUGCAACGAUUGGAGAGUCUCGAAAGGAAACUGGAUCGGAACGAGGAAUUGAAGGAGAGGUAUUACGCAUUCAUGAGGGAAUUCAUAAAUCUAGGACAUAUGCGAGAAGUCUCCCCAGAUCAAGAAGAACCCGCUAUAGUUUGCUAUCUUCCCCACCACCCGGUGGUGAAGGAGUCUAGCACGACCACAAAGGUCCGUGGUGUGUUCGACGCAUCGGCGAAAACCAGUUCUGGAAAUUCACUGAAUGAUGCGCUCUUGGUCGGCCCCGUUAUCCAAGACGAACUGUACGUUAUUGUCCUCCGAUUUCGUAAAUUCAGGAUAGUCUUACUGGCAGAUAUCGAGAAGAUGUACCGCAUGAUCAGCAUGCAUCCUGAUGAGUGGUUCCUCCAAUGCAUUCUUUUCCGUUUCGGCAAAGCUCACCCUAUCACCAAAUACGUUCUAACGACAGUGACGUAUGGAUUGGCUCCGUCAUCAUUUCUGGCAACCCGCACGCUUCAUCAGCUUGCCGAAGACGAAGGCGAUUCGUUUCCCCGCGCUGCAGAGGCACUAAAGCAAGAUUUUUACAUGGACGAUUUCAUCCGAGGAGAGAAUAGCGUCGAGUCGGCGAUCAAAUUACGACGAGAGAUAACUGAGUUACUCAAACGUGGAGGUUUUCGACUGAGAAAGUGGUGUUCCAAUUCCCAAGCGGUCCUAGAAGGAAUUCCGGAGGAUGACCUAGCCACUCAAUCCAGUCGAUCGUUCGAUCCCGAAGAGACCAUUAAAACGUUGGGAAUCAGCUGGGAACCAUCGACCGACCAGUUUCGAUUCAGCAUCAACGUGAGCAUGAAGGAAGGACCGAUAACCAAACGUAAAAUUUUGUCGGGGAUCGCACGCCUGUAUGAUCCGCUUGGUUUGAUUGCACCGAUUGUUGUUCGGGCCAAGAUAUUAAUGCAACAGUUGUGGAUGCUGUCUUUGGAAUGGGACGAGGAGGUACCCACCGAGAUCCAAGCCAAAUGGAUGACUUUUAUCAACGAGCUGCCCUACCUAGUCAGUUUUCGUAUUGAUCGGUAUGCCUUUGAGGAGGGGGAUGUGCAACUACAUUGUUUCGCCGAUGCAUCCGAUGUUGCUUAUGGCGCGUGUCUGUACGUGCGUACAAUUGGAAUCAACGGAGAAGUGAAGGUUGAACUGCUAACUUCGAAAUCGAGGGUGGCCCCGCUGAAGAAGCGUAGUACUCCACGGUUGGAAUUAUGUGCUGCUCAAAUCGCUGCUCAUCUAGCUACGAAAGUCCGCAAUGCGCUGGAAAUUGAACCUGGAUCCAUCUGGUUUUGGUCAGAUUCGACGGUGGUCUUGCACUGGCUUCGCUCCACACCGCAAACAUGGAAAACGUUUGUUUCAAAUCGUGUGGCCGACAUUCAAAUCCUAACUCACGGCUCCAGGUGGCGGCAUGUUUCCGGAAUGGAGAAUCCCGCAGAUUUGGUAUCGCGGGGUAUGGAAGUUCGACAGUUCACGACGAGUGAGCUUUGGAGAAAAGGACCCGAUUGGCUGCGGGAGGGAGAGGAUCUCUGGCCAGAACAAGUACCAAUUCUGACUGCUCCAUUCGACGAUUUACUUGAGCGCAAGACAACGUGCCUGGCAAUUCAAACCCCACCACCACCGAACCCCUUGAUUACCCGAUUUUCGUCGUACCACCGCAUGGUACGGACGAUAGCCUAUUGUCUGCGGUUUAUUAAAAAUGCUCGUAAGGGAGAACGAGAAAACACAAUGUUUCUUUCCGUCGAUCAAGUAAAACAUUCACAAGUCACUCUGCUGAAAAUGGUUCAAGCUGAGUGCUACCAAAAAGAGCUGCGUGCUCUCAAGAAAGGUCAACCGGUUACUAACCAGUCCACGUUGAAGCUGCUGAACCCGUUCGUGGACACUUCUGGAAUUAUACGCCAACCUGUUGGACAAAUUCCUACUGCGCGAAUCACUCCCAGCCGGCCAUUUGCUUCAACCGGCAUAGAUUACUGUGGUCCAGUGUACGUAAAGGCUAAACUCCGCAAAGGUGCCCCUACCAAGGCCUAUAUCGCACUGUUCGUAUGUUUCAGCACUAAAGCUGUUCAUAUUGAACUGGUUGGAGAUUUGUCUACAUCACUCUUUAUCUCUGCAUUGCGGAGAUUUAUUGCUCGUCGCGGCUUACCCGAACACAUCUAUUCGGAUAAUGCCACGAACUUCGCCGGAGCAAAGCACGAGCUCCAUAAUCUCUACCAAAUGCUCAACAACCAAACCGAAAAUGCUCGUAUCGCUACCUGUCUCGCAACGAAUGGAAUCAAGUGGCACAUGAUCCCACCUCGUGCUCCUAACUUUGGUGGGCUCUGGGAGGCUGCUGUAAAAGUAGCAAAAAAGCACCUACUUCGUCAAGUUGGAACCACUUCGUUGCUGCAAGAGGACCUCGAAACAGUGUUGGUGCAAAUCGAGGGCUGCAUGAACUCUCGCCCUCUGGUCGUGUUAUCUGAUGACCCUAAUGACCUUCAAGCGCUAACACCCGGACACUUUUUGGUGGGCUCUUCCCUGCAAACUCUCCCGGAACCGGAUUUGAGAGAGAUUCCGAUCAACCGAUUGGACCGUUACCAGCUAGCUCAGCAGAAAGUGCAGCAUUUUUGGUACCGAUGGAGGACCGAGUACCUGAAAGAGCUGCAACGUCAAACGGCGAUAAACCCACGAAAAGUCGACUUCCAAGUUGGCCAAGUAGUCAUCCUGCAAGAUCAUCAGCUUCCACCGGUACGCUGGCCUUUGGCCCGCAUUAUGGAACUUCACCAGGACAAGACGACGUAG